AUGGCGAGGGGUUUGCUCACGAUGUCUUUGCACGGGCUUUUCGUUUGUGGUGCAGUGGCCCUGGCUUUGUGGGCCGUAGAUGUGGGAGCAGCCGUCAGAUAUGACACAGCCACCCCUUACACUCCGCCCGCUUCAAAAUAUAAAUAUAUACCGUUGCACGGUUCCAGCGAUUCUUAUAAUAAGGAAUCAGAUUUAGAAUCUAACGAUGUAGAUGACACUCCAAGUUCUGGUAUGCCGACCUCAGAGUUGAUACUGACGGUGUUCAGGACAGCCCUUGAUGUUAUACGGAACAUAAACAAGAAUCGGGCCGCUGCAGCUCUGCCAAGUCCCAAAAUAAACAGCACUGCAGUGCAGUUACGUCGUGGUAAUUUCAAGAAUGGUACAUUGGGGAGCGGUCGUGGUUUUGAAGACUAUUACGAUGAGCACCACUACCACGAAACUACUACUACCGCGAAGCCAGUGAAACAGGGUAGAUACACGGACCCAUGGGCGGGAUACUAUGACUGGAUCAUCAACGAGGGAUCCUUCAAGUUCUGGAGUGUGUUUCAGCUUUUUACCGCCGCUCUGCUCCUUUACGCCUGCCUAUCUGCUAUCUACUAUGCGAAGUUCAACCCUAUUCUGCCGGACUACAGUUUAGAAUAUGACGAUUAUUUCUUGGAACGCAGCGUGGGAAGAAAGGCUCGCAGCGUUGAACCAUCGGAAAUGCCUUCAGGACUAAGUUGGAUAACACCCACGGCCUUCCAGUUUAUAUUAGACGCUAUAUCAAAGCAUUACGAGGAACAAUAG